AUGCCUUCUCAAAAAUCAUUCAGAACUAAACAAAAGUUAGCUAAGGCUCAAAAGCAAAACAGACCAUUGCCACAAUGGAUCAGAUUGAGAACUGACAACAAAAUCAGAUACAAUGCUAAAAGAAGACACUGGAGAAGAACUAAGUUGGGUAUCUAA